AUGCAAAGAACAUUUAUUUGCGUAGACAGGGAAAAUACUAAGACGGCCGAUAGUUUCUCACAUUCCUUGUUCAGGUUCAAAAUGACGCGCAAACUAGCCUACCCUGCAUUUUGCAAAUCGAUUCGCUGUCUAUUCAUUCACAAUCAACACAAAGCAAAAGGAAGCAAUGGGAGGGGUUUCAUUUCUGUCUCUCCCCAAUACUUUUACCCUCAAUUCUGUAUGUUGGCUUUUAGGUGCAUUACCAGAACAGCUUGCUCUAGCCUUGCACGACCAAUCAGCUAUUAUGCUUCCAAUCCCAGUGAGUGUUUUUUUCUGUUUUUAAGGGCAGGUCUUGUGUCAACAGAGUGGGUAUUUAAUCGUCUUGGCUCUGUGAAAAUUCUCGACACCACACGACACAUUACUCCCAAAAAGAAUGCAAAGACUGAGUUUAUGACCGUUUUUUUGUUUAUCGUGACUUACAUUCAGAAGAGACUUCCCAACGCCCAGUAUCUGGACCUUCUUCAGUUAUGUACCGCUCAGGGACCGCUUUUGAAAACGCUUCCCACUGAAGCCCAGUUUAAGGAAGCGAUGGAAACUCUCGGUAUUAGCGACACCGACGACAUUGUCCUUUACGACUCUCAAGGUCUCUACAGCUCUGCAAGAGUGUGGUUUAUGUUCCAAGUAUUUAAUCGAAAUGCUCGCGUGCAUAUCAUGAAUGGCGGCAUUACUCGGUGGGAAACGGAGAAAUACCCCAUCGAAACGGGUCCGGCGAAGACGUGCGAAAAGCGAGGCUCCUUUAAUAUCGAUGAAAACUUCAACAUUGUUUGUUCUCUCGCCGAUGUGAAGCAGCGCGUGAAGGACUACGAGAACGGAAUCACCAAGCGUUCCGUUGUCGACAUGCGACGCGAUUGCUGCUUCCACGGCACUUGCCGCGUCCCCAUCGCGGGCAUUCCCAAGGGGCACAUUCCCGGGGCGGUGAACGUUCCCUUCCACUAUUUGACGGAUCCAUACAACAACUACAUGAUCCGCAACCCCACGGAGCUGCGCGCCAUCUUUGAAAAGCACGGCGUUAUCAUCGGGGAGCCGGAGAAAAUGAUUUUCAGCUGCGAUUAUGGAUUGUCGGCGUGUGUGGGGUUGUUUGCGAUGCAUUUGCUGGGACGGCCGCUGGAUAGUUGUGCGGUUUUUGAUGGGUCGUGGAUCGAGUAUGCGCUCGACAAGGAUACAAAGAAGGAACUGUAAGGCUUAUCGUUG